GUCCUGUGCUUGAGUGACAUCCUCAUGUCCCCCUUGACCCAUGCAGUUGGUGGGAAACUUUCCGAAGGCUUUUUCUUGUGACUUCUGUCUCUCUUGAUAGAAACCAUAAACCGUCCUGGACCAGGAAAAUGGUCUCUGUUAAGUAUGAGCUUCCGCAGAACAAAGGGCUUGGUGCAGACCAAAGAACUGUCUCCAAUUGUGAUAUUUUUUUCCCCUUUAGUGAGCCCCUUCAAGAUACCUGUAGAGGAACUUGAGGACAGAGUGUUUGUGAAAUGCAAUACCAGCGUCACAUGGGUAGAGGGAACGGUGGGAACACUGCUCACAAAUAAUACAAGACUGGACCUGGGAAAACGCAUCCUGGACCCACGAGGAAUAUAUAGGUGUAAUGGGACAGAUAUAUACAAGGACAAAGAAUCUACUGUGCAAGUUCAUUAUCGAAUGUGCCAGAACUGUGUGGAGCUGGAUCCAGCCACCCUGGCUGGCAUGAUUGUCACUGAUGUCAUUGCCACUGUGCUCCUUGCUUUGGGAGUCUUCUGCUUUGCUGGACAUGAGACUGGAAGGCUCUCUGGGGCUGCCGACACACAAGCUCUAUUGAGGAAUGACCAGGUCUAUCAGCCCCUCCGAGAUCGAGAUGAUGCUCAGUACAGCCGCCUUGGAGGAAACUGGGCUCGGAACAAGUGAACCUGAGGCUGGUGGCUUCUAGAAGCAUCCAUUACCAACUGUACCUUCCCUUCUUGCUCAGCCAAUAAAUAUAUCCUCUUUCACUCA